GUGGCCGUCUCCACCGGGUGGAAGGCUGGGCUCCGCCGCGGGCUGCAGGCCUCCAAGGCCGUGGCGCAGACGCUGCCCGAGCUGCUGCGGGACCUCGACGUGCCGUCGCUGCUGCAGGGGGGCGGGCCGCCAGACGAGGCUGUCGUCGCGAGGUCCCUGCGGAGGCUGUUCGAGCGCCUCGGGGCGACCUAUAUCAAGCUGGGACAGUUCAUCUGGAAGAGGGAAGAGCUCGAUGAAGAAAACGAAGCAAAAGAAAGGGUAUAA